AUGGCAGGUCAAACGGGUCCAAUCGAUGUUUCGCGGGCGAUCGCCAUGGUGAUAGCAGCACUAUUCGCCCUUUCCUGCUACAAUGUCGUUGAAAUCCUCAUCUCAACCUUCACCACAUUCAGACACCGCCGUGGCCUGUACUUCUGGAGCAUGCUCGUCUCCACCAUUGGAAUCCUCAUCCACGCCGUCUCGGGCUUUCUUCGGUACUUUGCGCUAGCCCCGAAUUUCCCCAUGUCGGUCGUCAUCUGCAUUGGAUGGUAUGCCAUGGUAACCGGCCAGUCCGUGGUCCUGUACUCGCGGCUCCAUCUGGUGUCUAGCCACUACGAGUAUUUCCGCUACGUGCUGUACAUGAUAAUCUUCAAUGCCUGCGUCCUUCACAUUCCGACCACGGUGCUCUUUCUAGGCAGCAAUCAUGGCGUCGACAGCUUCAUCACACCCUUCAACAUAUAUGAGCGGGUCCAGUUGACCGGAUUCUCGCUCCAAGAGACCCUCAUCAGCGCUUUAUAUAUUUACGAGACGGUGACCGGGCUUCGGCCUGUUUUGCUUCUCAAAGGUCCACGCGGCAAGAGAGUGAUUCUGAAUCUCAUUCUCGUCAACUCUAUCGCUAUCUUGCUUGAUGCGUCUCUUCUGGCCUUGGAGUAUAGCGACUAUUUCGAUAUCCAGACUUCUUAUAAGCCACUGGUGUACAGUAUUAAGCUGAAGAUGGAGUUCACGGUGCUGAACAGUCUUGUCGCUGUUAUCAAUACUAGUCCGACAACGAUUGAUGAGAUUCAUGGGUCUCCCUACGAUGACCUUCAUAUACAGCCAAGGUGGAGUGGUGAUCACUCUGCCCCUGCUAGUCUCGACAUUGAUCCCGAGUCAAUUGGUCCGAGUGAUCGGAGACGGGAUCUCUGCAAACAUCCGCCCAGCACUCCGGAUUCUCGGACCUCAAAUUAUCCCAUGCUGUCAGUGAAGACCGAUGUACCAUAA